AUGAGGUUAGACAUUACACAUUAUGAACUAUCUCAGCAUAUGCCACGGUAUUCUAGUAAAGACUUGAAUGAAAAUGAGAUAGAGGUAGAUGGAAUGCAGAUACAUUACUCAGAGGAGGAAUAUUGUAAAGCAGAGGACAAGUGCGGGUAAACAGAAGCAACGACGAUGAAGUAUUAUGACGAGCAGUAUGAAAUGUUAAGAGAAAUUCAACCAGAGGUUAUUGGUCAAUUUGAUUAUUGGUCAUUGAUCAGCCUUUAUAGAAUAGGAUUUGAAUUGACUGAUAGAGUUUGGAAAAAGAAAGAGAAUAUAAAGUAUGGUGUUUCAUAUGGUGCACUGUUUGAAGUGAGUACCACUGACAGACCUGGAAACCCUUACCCUCGGCAAGAUUAUAAUGAAGGUUUGUAA